AUGUCAAAGUGCACCGGUGACACCCGCUUCCCCCCCCUCACACCCUCUAAGAACAACCUUAGCGCGGCGCAGGAGGUCCAAUACGACUUCCUCAUCAAUACGACAAGGAAGAUCUACGGGACAACUAUUAUCACAGAAGCUGCUGAUAGCUCACUCCAAGGGCCCUUCAACCAGUUGCUCUACACGCCCACAAUCGUACAAUCUUGGACCGCUCAACAACUAAGCGCCGCUGGUUUAUUGACCCCAAAGGAAAACGAGGCCGCCGUUCUCGCUGGUUUCACAUUAAAGCAAGUUGAAUCCAAGUUAGCAGGUCAUUGUGAAACGGACAUAUCAGCACGCGAGACAGCCAUCUAUAACCUGGCCGUUAAGCUGGCCCAGAUGAAGGGACCAUUAGACGUAGCAUCCUACGAUGCCGCCUUCGCUAUACUAGGGCGUGAAGGCGUUGCUGCUACGAUUCAGCAGUCUGCUGCGUUCUCUUAUUCUGCUAUGAUGUUGAAUGCUGGGGAUGUGUGUGUGCAUGUAGGAGCAGUAGGUUAA